AUGAAAUCAACUAGAACAACAGUGCUCAUAAAAAUAAAUAGCUUCAUCAUGAACACGGAAGCAGUUGUAAUCAAAUUUGUCUGUAACAAAACGGAAGCGUUAAAACGUGAUGAUGGAAAGGAAUUAAAAUUCAAUGGUGGAAAAAUUUUGUUCUUUACAUAUUUAGCGAUGCCCAAUAUGCUUGCUUAA